AUGCAUCUGGUCUGGCAGUCCCUCCAGUUGUACCCUGGUAUGGUCAUCCUCGCAAUGGUGCAGGUUCCGCUGGUGAUUGGAUCAUUCUUCAUUCUGCUCCGCGCAGCUUUUUGCAUCGCGGCUAAUUUGACCACCAAUGAGGGCAUCGUGAAUGUGCGCUAUGCGUACCUGCAAGGCCCCGACGGAAAGUUCUGGAAUUACUUUGACCGCGGAGUUCUGUCAAACUGCCUGCAGUUCUGGUUGACGCGGACACCCAGGCCAGACUGGGCACUCAUAUACCAAAGAGAAGUACAGGCAAGGGUGUCGCAUGUGCCGCGGUGGUCGGGGACUUAUGUGAUGCGCUGGCUCACAAGAAAAAAGCGCCUAGUCCAGCCAGUGCUGCCUCUCCAGCCGAUGAGGGCGAGGGGCUAUCCGUGA